UUUGUAAUUCUAACCCAUGACAAAUCUUCGCACCUACAAAUCUCCUCACAACCUUAAACCCAAAUCUUCCGAAAAUGGCCUGUUAUUUACCCGAAAUCAUCGUCGCCAACAUCCUCCACCGCCUGCCGGCCAAGACCUUACUCCGCUGCACCGCCGUCAGUAAACACUGGUAUUCCCUAAUCACAAGCCCUCAAUUCAUCUCCUCGCAUUUGAAUUUCUCCGCCGCGAGGGAGGAUCGCGCCGUCCUGCUCCGUCGCUGCGUCCACAAUUCCGAGCGGUACGACCUCUACAAGGACGACCAUUCUUUCGCCAGUCUCCGCAGUUUGGAAUUCCCCUUCUGGAGCAUAAAUUCGUGCUUCACAAUUGUCGGCAGCUGCAAUGGCCUGCUCUGCCUGUCCGACGAUAGGGUUUAUCUCACAAGCACAAUUAUUCUGUGGAACCCCUGCAUCCGGAGAUCAAUUCGCCUCCCGAACCCUAAUUUGGUUUCCAAUUCAUUUGGAACAUUCAUCCAGUGCCUCGGAUUCGGGUUCGAUUCGGUUUCCAGCGAUUAUAAGGUGAUUAGGAUAACUUAUACAUAUUGUUUCAUUGGCGAGUAUCCUCGGGUGGAGCUUUACAGGUUGAGCGGAGGUGUGUGGGAAGAUUUGAGUUAUCUAAGAUUUGGGUAUGUUAUACAUAACCGAUCCAGGCAGGCAUUUGUGGGUGGGGCUGUUCAUUGGGUUGCUUGCUUGCCGGAAGGCUAUGAUUUGAUUGCUGUAUUUGAUCUCCGGUGCGAGACAUUCCGGGAGAUUAUGCUCCCUGAUAGCCUUAUGGAUAAGGAACCAACGAGGACGAAGGAAUUGGUGGUGUUUGGAGGCUGUCUUACUGUGUUUUUGUGGAAUGUGGAAGAGUCGGGUUUUGUGGUUUGGAUGAUGAAAGAGUACGGCGUUGCUGAUUCUUGGUCGAAGCAUUUAAGGUUUGAUUGUCACGUGUAUGGCGGAGGACGGCGUGUAAGGCCAUUGUGGGUGACGAGAUGCGGGGGAGUUGUGGGAGUUUGGCAAGAUGGUUGUUUGGUUUGUUGCUAUUCCGAUGGAGAUGGAGAUGGAGAUGGAUCAGGGAUGAAGAGGCUUGGAGUGAAGGGGUCGAGAUCGGAAGAGUAUAGGCGCACGGUUCACAUAGAUGGUUAUGUGGAAAGUCUUGUUCUUCUGAAUAGGAGCUCAGGAAGUGAUGACAAUGGCGGGAAAAACAUAGGGAGAGCACAGAGAAGUAGCUAAUUCAAGCAUAAAGUAAUGUCUGUCUCUCUACCUCUCACAAUGAAUGGAUGAAAUUUGCAGACAAUGAAAUUCUGCUUGCCUAUGUUUAUCUCAUUUGCCAGAUUGAUUGAUUGCUAAUUAAUGGUUUGAUUUGUUGGAAGGUUAGCUGUAUUGAAUAUUGUCCCACAUAGAGCUACUCUACUUAUCAUCAAUUGGUUUUAGAUUGAAAACCCGAA